UGUUUAGAACACACAUGGUGCUCAAGCUGGUUGUCUUUAUUUCCUGGUUUUGAGGUCCAAACAGUUUGCUUCUGGCUGCUGAGUUUCAGUUUUCAAAAAAGAAAUGAUACCUGUCUUUUGCCUCAGAGUGCUUCUAUUAGCUGCCAUUUGUCAACAUGCAGAAGGAUAUACAGCUAACAUCAACCCUCAAUUGGAACGGCGGGAGACGACCCUGCAUAGCUUUACACCUUCAUCCUCUAGUAUUUUAAGCCAUUUGCAGCCAAGAACUUCUUUCCCAAUUCCUAAAGUUUCUGAGUGGCGCUCUAAAAGCCUGGCUCAAAGCAGUCAGCCAGAACAAAGGGGAUCCCAUGCCAGGCAAGUAGAUGGUUACAGUCAACAAAGAAGUGUUUCUAGUUACAGGCCUGUCCCACAUCCUCCAAAGCCAGCACAGUCCCCGCAGCAGCCACAGGGUCGAGUCUAUCAGGCCAGUUCUGCUCCCUGGGACUCGCUUUCAUCCCAGAAUAAAAACAAAUUCGGGACCAGAGUUGUUUCAAGUGGUGCAAUUGAGUUUCAUGCUGAGCCCAAGUCGAUUCAAAAACUCUCUCCCGUGACUGAAGAGGGGUUCCGAGGGUCAAAUGUGCCACAAAGACAUGAAGAUGGGAAAAACUCCAACAUCCUUCCCAAGAAGGAAGGAAGCUCUCCAGGUGUUCUUCAAACCAAAGAGAUCAUGUGGAAUUUACCACAGAACCCAACUGGACCCUCUCAACGUCAUCCAACUAGGACCCAUUCUAAUGCCAGACCACCCCAUAGGGGCGCUAGUUCACAAUCUUCUGGUGUCUUGCAGUCUAAAGAGGGAAUGUGGACUAUUGGUUCACCACAGAGACCAGGUGGAGUCGUACAAAGUGUAUCUAAACCCAGAAGUGACAAGUACAAGACGCCAACCCAGAGGGUCGGAAGUUCUCAAUCUUCUAGUGUCCUACAGACCAAAGAAGGAAUGUGGAAUCUGCCUCAAAGUGGAUUUGCACCAAGCCGUACAACUCCAGUGCAUUCCAACACAAUGUCAUCCCAGAGGAAUGCCGGUUCUCCAACCUCUGGUCUUCAAACCAAAGAGACUCUGUGGAACAUGCCACAAAGUCCAAGUCGUACAACUUGGGUGCAAUCUAAGACCAAGCCAUCCCAGAGGGAGCCCAGUUCCCCAUCUGUCCUACAAACCAAAGAAGGUAUGUGGAGUCUGCCUGGUUCCAAUUUCCCAAAUCAAGGCAUCAAUGCAAGGAGUUUCCUCCCAGUUGGACUGGAGCGCAAGGUGCAGGCACCCACUCAAACUCAGCAGCAACCAAGCUUGAGUCGAAAACCAGUUCAGACCUCAGGGAAAGUCCCCAGUGUCCAAACUAAAGGUCCAAUGCAACAGAUGGCAGCUCCUGGGCAUGGGUCUGGGUCAAGUAUCACCGGUCAUGCAACUGUGUCGUACUCAAAUUCCCCAAGAGGACGGAGCUCUCAGUCUUCUCUCACAAGGGAUCGCAGUGAGUCAAACCAAAGGCCAAAAGGUGCUUCGGGAAUGGCUUCCCUGACAUCGCUCUACCAGUUUGAUGGGGACAGACCAAAGCUCCUCCCCUCACCAAAGAGGAAUAAGGCCUAAUCUCAACUAAGUAAAGUUCUGAACAUAUAGUCCUCCUGCCUUGAAACGAACUUGUCUGCCUCCCCAGCCUUGACCAAUAAAGUACUUGAAACUGAA